AAGGUGUGCGCCGCACGUUGCUCAGCCGUUCGCCAGCCGUUCGUCGACUCUGAGUUUUGGCUCUUCAAAGUCCUAUCGCUCGUCCGCACUCACCUCCGUCGACACCAGCAUCACCACGCGCGAACAUGGUAGAGCCCGCAGACUACAAGUACAAGAUCGUCACCGUGGGCGACGGUGCCUGCGGAAAAACCUCGAUGCUGAUGAGGUACGCCAAGGGCUACUUCCCAACCGAAUAUAUUCCGACCAUCUUUGAGAACCACUCGAAACGCGUCCGGCUGACGAACAACAAGACGGUCGAGUUCCAGCUCGUGGAUACCGCGGGCCAGGAGGACUAUGCUCGGUUGCGGCCUCUCUCUUACGCCAACGUCGACAUGGUCAUUAUCGCUUAUUCUAUCGACUCCUUUACCAGUCUCGAGAACGUGAUUGAAAAGUGGUGGCCGGAAGUGAAGCACCAUUGCCCGAAAGGAACCCCAAUCAUACUGGUCGGCAUGAAGAAGGACGUGCGAAGCAAUCCAGAUGUGAUCAAUAUACUGAAGGAACAGGGAUAUCUGGGCCCCGUUCCAUACGACAAGGGCGUUCAAGUUUCGCAGCAGAUUGGAAGAGUUCCAUUUUUGGAAUGCUCGGCAAAGGAAGGAACAGGCAUCGACGCUAUCUUUGAUGAAAUAGCAGGCAUGCUCGUCCCUCAAGACCGGGAGCCUAGCGCAGGCUGUGGCUGCAGCAUCAUGUAGAGAUACUACUUGCGCGCCCACUGUUUACUAUUUGAUCUGUACUCGCCUUUGGCCGAUCCUAAUCUUUUUGCCUAAAUCGUGCCACUUCGGAAUUUGUACUCAGUAUACUUUUAUAUAUCUUGCUUGAAGACACAACCAACACUGCUCUACGAAUGGGGGAAAAGGAGCUCUAUGUAACGAAUUUGCUUAUAUCUGUCAUCUCACCUUACUGAUUUUGUAAGUAGCCCGGGUCUGGAGUUUUCCUUUGGCUUAUGUACCUUGCUGCGAUGAAAAGCAUGCGAUUGCGUUGCUUGUUUUAAUCUACUGAUAUGUUUUAUGUUUUUUGGU